AUGACUGGUAUCAAGACCAAGGUCGAGAACAAGGGCCAGUACGAGCAGUACCUCGAGGAGCUUAAGCCCCUCCGAGAAGAGCUCGGUGUGCCUCUGAAGGAGGAGCUUUACCCCGAGGAGAAGUAA